AUGGCGUCUCUUCUCCUGACCAUGCUGUUCGCAGCUAGUGCGACCGCGCAGGUAACAACCUCAUUCUGGAUGCCCAUUUUCAAUGAACCGGCGACCCAUAUUGGCUGGGUUGCGUCCGUUGUCAACGCCAAUGAAACACAUACCACCAUCGUCGCUGACUACGACGAUGGCGUCGAUACCUCCGCCCUCCCUGUAGGCGGUGGCCCAGUGACCAUGACUAUUGGUCCUACUGUUUUCGACAUGGACAUUCCACUUCCAGCUGGUAUCGGUGACAAUAAUGACGACGACGACGUCGACAACUUCUUCAACUAUUCCUGCGACUGGCCUACCCCAGAGAAGGCUGAUUCAAACCGUACAUGUACCAUAUCCUACCCUGCCAGCCUAGUCGGUCCAAUCGUCUGUUGGGACGGCACCCGUUACGCAUCGACCACGGAAGAGACGCUCACAUAUACGCAUACGUAUCCUGCGCGCGGAUCGGACCCAGCAGGCACGGAAACUGCAGAACUUACACUAACUCGCCCUUAUGGCUCUGAGACGCUCUCUCGCACGAACACGCCGUCUGUUUGCAGCGGACUUUCGAGCGGUGGCCAGGCAUCUGAAGGAUACUCCUUUGUGGACCCCGUGGCUGCGUCGGAUAUGGAGACCUAUUACCUUGUUCUUACCGCGGGGACGGAGAAGCUGGACGCGACUCAGGCAGCUACUCCUACUCUGUCGAAUGCUAUGUCUACCGGUACCGGAGAUGCUGCUGAGACGGGUUCUUCUGGGAGUGCGGCGCAGCCUGAAGCGACUGAGGGUAGCGCACCGAUGGCUACUGGUGCGCCUAUGUUGAUGGGACUUGGCGCUGCUAUCGCGCUAUUUGUUUGA